UUCAAAAGUAGUGGGGGGCAAUAAACUGGCAAUGAACCAAUCAGCUGUUCCCCAAGAUACAAUGGGGAACAACUGAUUGACCGAAAUUUUAAGCCAUGCCACCUCCAUGCCGCCUUUAUGCGCAAUGUUUCACCUUAUUUUUUUUCCAUCAUGGUCCGCUCUGCGAUGUCAUUCAAUGUCAUUCGACUAUUCUGGUAUUAGCUUCAGUGUGAUUUAUUCAAAGCAUUUGACAUUGACAAUUUAUAGCAAUUGGCGAGUAUUAAUACAAAUAUUACUAGUCAAAGCGAAAGAUGGUCCUAGAAGAUUAUAAAGAAAUUGUGGGAACUUGUGCCAUGUAUACUACAAUGGCACAAAUGUUAUCAGGAACAUUAAUAUGUCGCAAUAUAUAUAAGAAAGGUUCAUCCAAAGGAGUUGAUCCAAUGCCCUUUCUUGGUUGCGUAGGAUUAUGUAUAUUGAUGCUUCGAUACGCUUGGAUGUUAAAUGAUUCUACUAUGAUAAACGUUAAUAUAUUUGGUUUAUUGACAAACAUGAUUUAUAUGAUAAUCUAUUAUCAUUAUGCGCCAAAUACGAAAGAGGUUCUUAAAUUAACAUAUAAAGUAACGAUCUUUGUUGUAAUUUUUCUUAUCUAUGCACAAAUGGAACAUCCAACAAAAGUUGAAUUCAGAUUUGGCAUUGUGGUUACAGUACUUCUCUUUCUUUUAAUUGCAGCUCCUCUUGUACAUCUUAAAAUGGUUAUUAAAACGAAAAACACAGAAAUUCUUCCAUUUCCACUUAUUUUUAUGGGUACACUAGUUUCAUUUCAGUGGUUAUUAUAUGGUUUUAUCAUUGAUAAUAUUUUUGUGAUUUUUCAGAAUGCAGUUGGUUUCAUGCUCAAUAUAGCUCAACUAUCUCUGUUUAUGAUAUUUCCAUCUAAAAAGUCAGAAUUGAGUGAUCAGAGAAAGGAAUAUUAAUCUUCGAAAUUAAAAAAAAUAUAUAUUUUUAUAUUUGGAAUUAUUUUUUAUAUUUGACGUGCAAAUUAAGUCGAUAAUUUUACAUUCGAUGCCUUACUACUCCAUAAAAAUUAAAUAUUUUUUCGUCCUUUUGCAGUUUGCAAGUAUAGAUCUAAGUUUUCAAAAUACCAUACGCUUUGAAUCAGAAAACAUAAUCGUAAGAAAUAGCACAAUUUCGAUGACGUCUAAAAAGCAACAUUUGAAGCACUGCAUUCUUUCCGUAUUUCAAUUUAAAAAAAUGCCACGAAAAUUAUUUGUCCCGCUUUGGGUAACAAAGACGCUGUGAUCCAUAAAACGAGUAAAAAAUAACAUUAAUUAAUUUACAAAAAAAUGUUUUUUUUUAUUACUUUUGAAUCGGACUAUGUGUUUCUUACAGAUUUUUUAAUGCUAAAAACGAUGCCACAAGUCAAAUUUUUUUAGCACAUCAGGUUUCCAAGAUAAUUAAGGUUUAAUGUACCAAAAAUGGCUUUUUUUGCGAUAUUUGACAUUUUCUUAUAAAGAAAAUUAACGGUACCUUGAAAUUUCGAUCAGAAGUUAAUAUAUUGAUCAUCCCACAUAAAAUACAUUUUUUUAUUUCAAUAUCUUAUUUUUUAUUCAUGUUAUAAAAGAUUUAGCUAACAAUAAAAGCUAUUUCUAAUAUGGGGACACUGAGGCAGCGCCACAUGUGCAUGCGCGAUCGGCAGCUCUUUUGCAUUAUUUGUUUCUCUUUAGACCAUUUUUCUUUCAGACAACAACUUAAACAUUUUUUUUUAUUAAAUUUUUUUUAAGAUAUUCGAAAUGGAUUAAAAUAAGACAAAUAUAUAAGCUCACGACAAUCAAACAUAUCAACAGUAAAGGCCUAUGGGAGCUAACACAGAGCUAACACGCGUGUGGAUAUUGUAAAAAUUAAUACACAACAAUUUAUGUUAGCUCCCAUAAGCCUUUACUGCUCUAUAUUAAUGUAAAAUAUGAUCAUGAUGACGUUAUUAUAGAACGGGCCUAGUAUGACAAACAAGCUCCUAACUUUUACCGCGAUAUAGCGGCACCAUCGUCAACGCGGAUUUCUUGGCUGAUUGUGAGUAAUCAGCUAGGAGCUUUAAAUCUCAAUUAUUUUAAAAAUCUGAUGUGCUGAAAUUUUUUGACUUGCAGCAUCGUUUUCAGCAUUCAGAAAUCUACGAGAAACACUUAGACCGGCUCAAAAUAAUUUUUUUGCUAUAAAUUAGUAAAAUAAAGAUUUUGAAGUGGAGAUUUUAAUUUGUCCGAUUAAAUCAGUCGCAAAGUUUUUUUCUGUAAGAGUAUUCAGUUGCUUGACACAUCAAAUAAAGUCAUAAAAAGUAAUGGAAAUUAUUUUGAAUAUUAAACUUUUAUUUUUUUAUGAAUAAACUUUGAAUUUCAUGAAAAAGCAUCGAAUUAAUUUGCAUAUCUAAUAUUAAUAAAUAUACAAUAUUUUACUAUAAAUAUUUAAAGUUUAUAAAGACAUUCCAAUAUAAAAGACUAUAAAAGACAC